UUUUAUUUUGGCUCUCCAAAAUAGGUUGGAAAUUGGAAUUGACUUGGUGAUGGUAGUAGUUGCUAAUUGACACCGCAUCGUACGACUGCGUUUCCUCAGCCAGAGACUGGCAGUUUGGCCCUGUUUUGCAAUUCAUAAUAGAAAUAGACGUGAUACGAUCGUGGUGCCUCCAAUCAAUUGCCGUCGUAUAUCGAAAAAAAAAUUAUUUGAAAUAAGCUAACGACAAAUUUCUCUUGGAAUUUCCAGAACAUAACAACAUAUAAGUAUGGAUCGUCCCAUUAGCGCUUUUGUUAAUCCUUUCGGCCAGCGUCCAUGGAUGGCACAGACUGGCGCCGCUGCCCCCAGUGGCGGUGGAAAGGGUUUGAAGGGAAUCAUUGCAGGCGGCAUAACCGGAGGCAUUGAAAUCUGCAUUACUUAUCCAACUGAGUAUGUGAAGACACAACUACAGCUCGACGAGAAGGGUGUCAAUAAGCAAUACAACGGAAUUGGAGACUGUAUCAAGAAAACAAUACAACAAAGAGGAUUUUUCGGAUUAUAUCGUGGCUUAAGUGUGCUGCUCUAUGGCAGUAUCCCAAAAUCUGCGGCAAGAUUUGGUGCAUUCGAAACUCUUAAAGGAUACAUGGUAGAUGAAAAUGGCCAAUUGAGUGCAUCGGGUAAACUACUAGCUGGUUUAGGAGCCGGUGUAUGUGAGGCUGUGUUGGCUGUUACUCCAAUGGAGACAAUCAAAGUAAAAUUCAUUAAUGACCAACGCAGUGCCAAGCCCCAAUAUAAGGGAUUUGCCCAUGGUGUUGGUUGCAUUAUCAAAGCGGAAGGUAUAACCGGAAUUUACAAAGGUGUUACGCCUACAAUUUUAAAACAGGGCUCCAAUCAAGCCAUUCGUUUCUACGUCAUGGAAUCCCUCAAAGAUCUGUACAAGGGCGAUGAUAAGAACAAGCAUGUUCCUAAAUUGGUGGUUGGUGCUUUCGGUGCCAUCGCCGGUGCUGCUUCAGUAUUUGGCAACACGCCACUGGACGUCGUGAAGACUCGUAUGCAAGGUCUAGAAGCAGCUAAAUACAAGAAUACAGCCGAUUGUGCCAUGAAGAUUUGGAAGAACGAAGGAUUCAGCGCGUUCUACAAGGGAACAGUGCCUCGCUUGAGUCGUGUAUGCUUGGACGUGGCCAUUACCUUCAUGAUUUAUGACUCCUUCAUGGACCUCUUCAACAAAAUAUGGAAGGAAUAAAUCUAAACCGAACAAAUGUCAUGACCCUAGGAAAGUCCCCUCUGUAAAUAGAUACGCAUGCGAAUUUGUAAAUGUAUUGACUGACCACUCGAACUUAUGUACACCAUGGCAACUUUAGAUUGUACAGAGCUGUACCAAUUGUGUUUUACUCAAGUCUUUCGGAAUUUCUCCUCUUCUUUCAAAUGACUACGACUACGACAUAAUUUUAGCACAAUCUUACUUAACUGAAAAGUAUAUUGUAUUGCAUUUAAUUGAAAACGAUUUUGCGUUUGUUUGUAGUUUAUUGUUUUUAAUUAAUUAUACACUCCGAGAGAUACAUAAUACAUUAUCAUAGAUAUACAAAUAAUAAAAACACGUUGUGGAAACAAAAGACGGA